CAAUUUAUGAUAAUAAGUAACAAGUAACGAGGGUCGAGUUAUUCAAUGUAAAUGAUAUAUAAUAAUAUACGUCUUAAUUGUGAUGAAAUUAUAAUAAAAAUAUAUUCGUGUAUGUUCCUGUGAAUUUAUUAAUUGUAAAAAUGUUGGAUCUUUUCACAAUAUUUAGCAAAGGAGGCAUUGUACUCUGGUGUUUCCAAAGUACUAGUCACAUAAGUCAGUUAUUUGUACCUUCAGUCAAUUCUUUGAUCAAAACUGUUAUUCUACAGGAAAGAACGGGUAGUAAUAAUAAUUAUACACAAGAUUCUUUAUCAUUAAAAUACCGCUUGGACAAUGAGUUUGACUUAGUAUUUGUGAUAGCAUUUCAAAAAAUACUACAGCUAUCUUAUGUUGACAAAUUUUUAGAUGAUAUACAGUUGGAAUUCAGAGAUAAAUAUAAAAAUGAAUUGGCUCGGAAAAAUUACUUUAUGGAAUUUGAGUUUAGUAGAAAUUUUCAAGAAGUUCUUAUGUCUGCUGAAGAAUGGGGUAGAGCACAGGCCAACAUUCCAAAGCAAAUGCGAUCCUAUAAUGAGUCUUCUAAGUCAAAGAAAACUGUGGCAUCCAUGAUUGAGAAAAAAGGAAAUGAUAAAGAAAAUAAGAAAAAUGGUAAAAUAAUUGAACCCCAAAAGAAUGGUUUUAAAGAAGUUAAUCAGAAUAAUGUUACAUUUAAUGAAGAAGAUUUAAUUGCGCAAAAUCGUAUUAAAAUGGCUCAAAAAAUGGGUGCUAUGAAUUCAAACAAGCUUAAAAAAAAUAAAGAUAAAACUCCAAAACCAUCUCCAAAAGCAACUAAACAGCCAAGACAAUGGCCAUUAGGGGGAGGUGUAAAAGAUGUUAGUACAUUAGACUAUACAAAAGAUAAGGCAAACAAUAAUCCAGACAAUCAACCUGAUAUUGAAACAAAUAGUGAAAUUGUUGGGCAAAUGGAAGGGAAUAUUAAAGACAUAGAAAUUGAAAGUGAUAGUGACAUUGAUGAAGAAGAAAACGAUUUUGAUGAUAAGUUUGAAACAGCUGCUGAGCGUAAAAAAAAAAAUGAUAGCAAGAAAAGUGUAUUUUCUAUGUUCAAAGGAUUAGUUGGAAGGAAAAAUCUUACAGCAGCAGAUAUGGAACCAGUACUAGAAAAAUUGAAGGAGCAUCUAGUCGCCAAAAACGUUGCAAUAGAAAUUGCUACAAAACUAUGUGACUCUGUUUCAUCAAAACUUGAUGGAAAAAUCCUUGGUUCAUUUGAAUCUGUAGCGUCAACUGUCAAAAAUACAAUGAUUGAGUCUUUAGUACAAAUAUUAUCACCUAAAAGGCGUGUUGAUAUUUUACGUGAUGCAAUGGCGGCUAAAAAAAAUAAUAAACCUUAUGUAAUAUCAUUUUGUGGCGUAAAUGGUGUUGGCAAAUCUACAAACCUUGCAAAAAUAUGUUUUUGGCUGAUUGAAAAUAAUUUAAGAGUAUUGAUUGCUGCCUGUGAUACAUUCCGAGCUGGUGCAGUUGAACAAUUAAGAACCCAUACUAAACAUUUAAAUGCUCUGCAUCCAGCUAAGAAACAUAAUAACCAACAAAUGGUACAACUUUAUGAAAAAGGUUAUGGAAAAGAUGCUGCUGGGAUUGCUAUGGAAGCUAUAAAUUAUGCUAAGGAAGCUAUAUACGAUGUUGUUUUAGUUGAUACAGCUGGGCGAAUGCAAGAUAAUGAACCUUUAAUGCGUGCUUUAACUAAGUUAAUUAAAGUUAAUGAACCAGAUAUGGUGUUAUUUGUGGGUGAAGCAUUGGUUGGCAAUGAAGCAGUUGAUCAGUUGGUAAAGUUCAAUCAAGCGUUGGCAGAUUAUUCAUCAACACAAGAUCCACAUUUAAUUGAUGGGAUUGUGCUAACUAAAUUUGAUACUAUUGAUGAUAAGGUUGGUGCAGCUAUUUCUAUGACAUAUAUCACAGGCCAGCCAAUUGUGUUUGUCGGAACUGGACAAACAUAUACUGAUCUUAAGUCAUUGAACGCUAAAGCAGUUGUUGCAGCUCUCAUGAAAUGAGCCAUUUUAAAUUGCGUGACUUAAGUUUUUAUUAUUAUAUUAAGUAUGUCUGGUGAUAAUUUGUUGGUAAUUUUUUACUGGUAUUAUAUAAUUAAAUAUUUUAUAUUUUUGUUUGUUUA